CUCCUCCGCCGCAGAACCCCUCCGCUACGCGUCCCCACUCUGAGCUGUGACACAGCUGUCCUCCUCUCCCCACUCCAAGAACGACCUCCACCCCGUCCCUCCACAGGAAUUCGCCGCCAUAAUCCCCUCCGCAUUGCACCGAGUAGCUCGUCUGCUGGGCGAAACUCGCUUGCUUUCUUCCGGCAUCAACAAGAGAAAUUCCUCUGCUCUGGUUUGGUGGUGGUAUGGUGAGAUGAUGAGGAAGGCGGUGCUGUUGUUUCUCCUCUGCUGCCUCGCCGUCGUCGGCGAGGCGGCGGUGGUGGUGGACCCGGGGUGGCGGUUCCCGAGCCGGCGGCUGCAGGACGCGUACGUCGCGCUGCAGACGUGGAAGCAAAACGCCAUCUUCUCCGACCCCAAGAACCUCACCGCCGACUGGGUGGGCCCGGAGGUCUGCAACUACACCGGCAUCUUCUGCGCGCCGCUGCCGCCGGGGGAGCCUGCCGCCGGGGAGCUCGCCGUCGCGGGCGUCGACCUCAACCACGGCGACAUCGCGGGGUACCUCCCUACGGAGCUGGGCCUCCUCUGCGACCUCGCGCUGCUCCACCUCAACUCCAACCGCUUCUGCGGCCUUGUGCCCUCCACCCUCCGCCGCCUCCGCCUCCUCCACGAGCUCGACCUCAGCAACAACCGCCUCGUCGGCGCCUUCCCCGCGGUCGUGCUCGACCUGCCGGCCCUCCGGUUCCUCGACCUCCGCUUCAACGACUUCGAGGGCGCUAUCCCGCGGGAGCUCUUCGACCGGCCGCUGGACGCCAUCUUCCUCAACCACAACCGCCUGCACUCCCCGCUCCCCGACAACUUCGGCAACUCGCCGGUCUCCGUCAUCGUGCUCGCGGACAACCGCUUUGGCGGCUGCCUCCCGGCGAGCCUUGGGAACAUGUCCGACACGCUCAACGAGAUCCUCUUCAUCAACAACGGCCUCGACUCCUGUGUGCCGUCGGAGGUCGGGAUGCUCCGGGAGGUCACCGUCUUCGAUGUCAGCUUCAACUCUCUCGCCGGGCCGCUGCCGCCGGAGGUGGCCGGGUUGCAGAAGGUGGAGCAGCUCGACGUCGCGCACAACCUCCUCUCUGGGACCGUCCCCGAGGCCGUCUGCACCCUCCCGCGGCUCAAGAACCUCACCAUCUCCUACAACUUCUUCACCGGCGAGCCGCCGUCCUGCGCGCUCGUCGUGCCGCGCGACGGCGACAGGAGGAACUGCCUGCCCAACCGCCCCGCGCAGCGCACGCCGCAGCAGUGCGCCGCGUUCUACUCACACCCGCCAGUCGACUGCGCCGCGUUCCAGUGCAAACCGUUUGUCCCGGCUCCGCCAUUGCCGCCGCCACCACCACCAGCAUACCCCGGCCCCUUACCACCAGUGUACCCUAUGCCAUACGCGUCGCCGCCGCCACCUCCGCUUUACCGAUGAUUCUUCGACCGGAGAAGCAUUGUCACUUUCACCUUCCUUCACCGCCCCCUUGUUGCCGUGCUGGAUGGAGACAGACGAGUUCGCCGUUACAAUUAUACGUGGUCUGUCAUUGUUGUGCCUAGAUUAGUAGUGUUCUUGAUUGAUAGCUACCGGCAUAUAGAAGAUUAUAAGGUGCAUAUAUCCCUCUUGCUUUCGCAUUGGUCGGUGUUUGUUUUUCGCGUUGCGAUCUGUUUGCGUCAUGGUGACGGUGAAAAGGAUUGGAGGUAGGUGAUGAGGGAGUUUGGAUGGAGGGAACAAUUGGAGCUUGAAUUGAUUGCUAAUUGGGUUGUGAAUAAUAAACUGCUUGAGAAAGACAGGUUAAGAUGAUGAGGAGGAAUGGUUGGUGUGCACCCGGGUGUGGGAUGUAUAGAGGGAGGCUUUGAGCUCUUCAGUUAAGCUUCAGUUCAGAGUCCAGAGAAGUUUUCAGAUCAAGAAAUGUAUCCUACUUAACUAUUCUUUUUGUGUCACAGCUGUUUACUGUUAUUCGAUUGUUAUGAUAUUUAUAUCGGAAUCCUGGAAACUUUGAGUGUCCUGAUUGUUACUCUGUUCUUCAUAUGUUUUUUAUGAGAUGAUCUUGGUAUUUAUACUUUUUUCA